CCUUUGCCUCCAUUAGAAAUCCAGGUGCUCCUGACCGUCCCAGACAGCUUGACGAAUAACCAAGUCCUUGUAUACAUCUCUCCCGACUCUUCCCGGGUUCCCAUUCAGUCGACAUACAGAUAUGUUCUGCUCGAGCGCUGGGUGCUGGAACUAAGCUCAAGAGAUAUAUACUCGUUUUCUUCCGACUCUGAGAGCUCCAGUGGCAGUGUGUCUCUUUCGACUUUGUACAAGCACGGCAUUCCUCUUUUCCGCUCGCUAUACUCUUUUCUUCGCGUUCUUCCUGCGUGGAAGUUGUCCAAACGGUUCAGAACAAGACGUCAUAAUGGGAUGAAUGGACUUGGCGUCCAGGUGCGGGUCAGAGGUGAUCCUGGUUCAGGCCUAGAUGAAGUGGGUGUGAUGCCCUUCAACUCGUCUCCGGCACUUCCAACCAGCACUCACACAUUUCCUUCUAUUCAACACCCAAUUGGUACUCUCAACCUUACCACUACCUAUCUUACUUCGCCAAAUUUCAGAGUCGAUGAAUUGGAAAGUUUGUUGAGCUCCAGAUUCAUGUCCAUGGAUACGGGGGGAACCAAGGGGAUGGAUUUUACGCCGACCCUUGUGAAGAAUCAACAAAGAGACUCAUUAUUGAGUAGUGCUGGAGGUUCGCCAAGCACGAGAAAUAGACUCGCAAGCGUAACAGGAGCUUCAGCACCUCACUCACCACCACGAGAUAUACUUCGUCACCCAAGUUCUCCGCCUCAGCCAUACGCAUACCCUCAUUCUCGGACACCUUCCGAUGCAGACUCUAUCGCGGAACGAUUCGUUAUAUCCUCACGAACUGUCAGUAAUCCAUCUAACCCCACUAAUUACAACAGCAAUCCACCUCCGCCUCCCAUCAAUGCUCAUAAUUAUCCUAUUCUCCCCAUCACGCGUGCCACGACCACGACCUCCACUUCUACGCAGCCUCCUUCAGGCAUCGCCGCCCGACUGAGGAGGGAAUCUCUUGGUAACCGUAAUAUGGUGUCAGAUUCGUAUCUGCCUCUUACGACAACGGGAAGCUCCACUCAGCCGUUUCCUUCAUCUUCAUCUUCAAUUUCUAGUAUCACCGGCGGUACAGGCAGCUCCGCCCCGCCCACGACGACCUUAUUGUCCUCGCCGAUGGCCAUGCGUCGGCCAGGCCUCAAUCCGUUCAAAUCAAAUACCUUGGCUGGAGCGGGAAGUACAACUAGUACCUCCGGCUCUCCGCGAUUGACCAAUGCGCUCCCCGGGGCUACUGGGUCCGGCUUGGCUUUGGGCGCUGGUGUUGUAUCAAGUUCCCCACUUGGCCCUGGUAGCGCUGGCCUCACAUCGCUUUCUUCUUUGUCCAAUCUAUCGAAUCUACCGCGCCGGCCUUCGUCUCCCAGUAGUUUGAGCCGACCAUCACCCCCCUCGUUCACACCGUCGUCUAUAGGCCCAGCAAGUAAUAGCACUGGUUCAGGUAGUAUAACUAUCGGAGCAGUAGGGACAGCAACAGCACCGUUGAACACAGCUACAGGAGAAAUUGCCGUUCCUCGCAAGCGUUACUCAUCUUCAUUUGGACAUCGAUAUUCCUCGUCUCCUGCGAGAGGGGGCGCUGCAAUGAGCGUUGGCAGUCAGGGCAGUCAAGGCGGGAGUGGAAUUGUGGAGGGUACAGGUGUAAGUAACAGUGGAGCUGGGGUGGUUGUUGGAAGUCUAGGUCAAACAAGCGUUCGGAGUGGGAUGAGUGGGAUGAGCGCCAUGAGCAUUCACAGUGGACAAAGUGCUGGUUCAGGAUCUACAGGAGGUGUAGGGAGCAAUAUUUCUGGAAUUGGAACUGGGAGGGAAGGCCCUGUAAAUAUUGGUAGAGGUAUCGGUGCGACACCGGAUUCUGUCCAUUCUUCCACUUACCCCGACUUCCACGAUACACUUGACGGACAGGACCUUUUCUCGCACGACCACGAUGACAUAUCUACUUUUGUGCAUGAUAUCGAUUCACGGAAACCGUUAAUCGGACGAUCUAGGAUGUAUGCUGACGCCAAUAUGUCUCGAAAUGAUACCGAAGGAAACGAAGUCGAAUCCGAAGAUGAUGAAAGGCAGAGGACGAUACGUGUACGAGCGCGGGACGAUUCUAGGGAAAGGCUCGCCCUAAAUCCAAGCUUGAAUCCUUCGCCGUUUUCUCGAGAAGCAGAUUUACCUCAAGACCCACCGACCGCAUCGCGAGGCGCCGGGUCCUCCUCAACUCGUUCUGGCGUAGUCAAAACUCCACCUUCUUCCAGGCGAGCUUCAUACACAGGCCUUUCUCCUCCCUCAUCUCCCCUACGCAACGCUAUUCCGCUUAUAGCCGAAGACGAAGACGAUCUGAUAGAGCCAUCUGCAAACGCUCCAAUCGCCACAUCCAGUUCCGCUGUUGCUACCUUAUCUACAUCACCGUCUUCUCAGGCAGUACCGUUAUCUUCAGUACCGUCGUCAGCAGAUCCUGGAAACUCUAAUGCAGCCACAGGUGCAGAAGAAGGCAGCCCGUCAUCUCCACCUCAACAUUCCUCUCCGAUGCUCACGACUGCUUCAGACGUAGAGGCGCGACUAAAGAAGAUGAAUGAUGUGUUUUUGGCUAGCUUGCAAGGACUAGGCGGACGGUCUAUAAAGGGAAGGAAUGAUAAAGGGAAAGAACGCAGAGGCAGUGGGACUCUAUGACACAUAAAUGAAUUAUUUACUUGCACCAUCCGUAUUCUUAUCUCUUCGACAGCCCUUACUCCUUGAAGUCGAUCACGCCCUGACAGCAACGUAACUCCUGCGCGACGCUGUAGGACGCUGUAUUUAUGCCGAUUGCCUAUAUCGAUUCGUUGUGCAGAUAGACCCUGAUAUGAGGUGGCUGCUGGUGGCUGCUGUGUUCAGAUGAUGAUAUCCGCUGGAGCCCCUUGUCCUCAAUAUACUUGUGUCACCAACGUGAUGUGAUACGUCUCGAGAUGUACUAUCUGAUAUUUUUAUGUGUAC